AUGGGCGCUACGGCGCCUCAAAAACCAGAGACUUUUAUGCUUAGCACAGAAGCGCAACAAGCAUUACCCCAUGACGCACAGGUGGCCUUACAACAAGUUGACAAUUUAAAAUAUUUCCUUAUCUCAGCGCCUGUUGACUGGCAGCAUGAUCAAUACAUUCGACGUUUCCUAUUACCGACAGGUGAAUAUGUCUCCUGUGUAUUAUGGAAUAACCUAUUCCAUAUCUCAGGUACAGACAUUGUGCGAUGCCUUUCUUUUCGAUUCCAGGCCUUCGGCCGUCCAGUGAAGAACUCCAAGAAGUUCGAAGAGGGCAUAUUUUCGGACUUGCGAAAUCUCAAAUCAGGAACAGAUGCUUCCUUAGAGGAACCAAAGAGUCCCUUUUUAGACUUCCUAUACAAAAACAAUUGCAUUCGAACACAGAAGAAGCAAAAAGUCUUUUACUGGUAUAGUGUGCCCCACGAUCGACUUUUCCUUGAUGCACUGGAAAGAGACCUGAAGAGGGAGAAGAUGAGUCAGGAGGCUACGACUAUGGCUGUUAGUGAACCGGCCCUGUCGUUCCAAUACGACUCUUCGCAAUCCCUCUACGAACAAUUGACGAAGGCCCAGCAAGCCAAUUCUUCAUCUUUCAGCGCCCAACAAGUUUCUUUUCCUCAGUCUCAAGCUCCAUCUCCAGUGAUGAGGGCAAUGGACCCCAUGCCUCCCCCGCAAAUGAUGCCUCAGUCGAUGGCCCCUUUAGCGGAUGGGAUGGACGCCAUGGUACAGUACAACACGAUGGCAGCGAUGGCCCCAGCCAUGCCUCAACACAUGCAGCAAGUAGUCAAGAGGGAGCCUGACUUCAGCCGUAUGCAAUACAACCAGAAUGGUGUGCCGAUGGCCCAUAGCCACGCGCGUCAUGCCUCGAUGCCAGCUUAUGGUCUUGAAUACUCGCCUGCACCCUCGUUUGUUUCGUCACAUUAUGAGGAUUACAGUAACCGAGGCAUUUCAUUCGAGCCAAUUACACCUCCUCAACAGGCCUUAGCAAUGGGAGCUGAGCCGGCCUAUAUUGCAAACGAGGAGACUGGGCUGUACACGGCAAUUCCCGAUCAUCUCAGUGGGCUGAACGGGAUGAUGCAGUUACCGCCCUCUAACUUGGCCGGACCACAGUUUUCGCGUGCAUAUGGCGCCAACAAUGUCUACUCUGUGAUCGAAGGAUCACCGACAUACAAGCAGAGAAGACGGCGUUCAUCCAUCCCUCCUUCAGUAUCGGCGAUAGCAGCUGCGGCUGCUCAAGCGCAGAUAGCUGCUCACCGGCCCUCGGAUUUGAGGAGGUCAGUUUCGGCGUCGGUUGGCCCUGUGGCGGAGGGUGACGAGUCUCAAAGCAACUCCCCUCCCGGCCUAUCAUAUAGUAAUUCGUCGAUGUCUCUCACCAACCAACAACAUAUGGAAAUGUCAAGGCAUGGCACACCACUAUCGACCGUGGAAGGUAGCCCUGCUCUAAACCCAAUGUCUCUACAGCGACAAGACUUCACCCAGUUCACUAGUGAGGAUCUCAAUGGAGACGGCUCGAUUCAUGAGCAGCGGGUGAUGCAGCCUGGAGCGAACGUGGUUCGCAGGGCUCGCUCAGCUACUGUUAUGGAGCUAGGGCCUUAUCCUCAGAAGUCUCAUUCGUGCCCAAUUCCCACGUGCGGUCGUCUCUUCAAGCGCCUCGAGCACCUGAAGCGACACGUAAGAACACAUACCCAAGAAAGACCCUACAUCUGCCCCUAUUGUAGCAAGGCGUUCUCUAGAUCCGACAACCUAGCACAACAUAAGCGCACACACGACCGCGGCGAGGGUGCUGAAGGUGGGCUGACUCUCUCGGGUGAAGAGGAAGAAGAUUUCUCUGGUGAGGAUCAACUCACCUCGCUCGAGGAAGCUUCGCCCAACUCGGAGCCAGGGUAUAUCCCGACCUCGUUGAGCUCUAUUGCUACAUCGAUGCCUACAUCUAAUGGGCUUUCCGGAAGUGGGAUGUCCCAGUCGACCUUCAACCCUUUGCAAACGCUAAGUAUGCCCAUGACAAUGAGCACGCCAACAGGAGCGAUGUAA